AUGAACGAAUUCACGCGGCGUGCGUCAGCCAUGAAGAAGCGAUGGCGCGGCAAGGGUCAGUACGCCUUCGCACGCGCAGAGGCGCAGCGCUUCCUCGACUCCGCAGUACCAAAGAAUAACCUUGGGGCCUGGGUAGAAGAGGGCAGCAACGCCAUUGCACUCUCGCAGCUGCUGAGCUUCUUCGAAAUCCAGCCGGAGGCGUCGCUAGCGUCGCUUAUUUUGAACAGGCUCAUCCGGACAGCAGAGGACGAGUCUGCCCCGCUGAUGAGUCGACUGCACGCCGCCCUCAGUCUCAUCUGCACCCGCCCCGACGAGAACUACGAGCGAGUGUUUCACGUGAUCACACAGGCGCUGCAGCAGCUUCAUCGAAUCGCUCUGGAUAGAAAUGGGGAUGGCACCAGCACUAGCAGCGGCGCUGGAGGCGGUGGUGUUGGCCGAGUUGGCAAUGGAAGCUCGCCCUUCUCACCCCCACAGUUGUUGCCGCUCGAUGCAGUGGGCGUAUGCGCCAAGGCACUGCAGCGGUGCGGAAAGCGAACGCCGCCGAUGCUGAAUGAGCAGCUGGCGACAGUCUCGAUGGCGCUGCUGCAGAUGACCUCGGCCACCGACCUCCCCUACAUGCAAUCCACUCUUCUGCGCCUGUAUGCAUGGAUGGUGCGAGCGGAGCGUCCAGAAACGAAUCAGCUACUCUACAUCUUGAUUGAGCAAACUGGUGAGUUCGCGCGGCACGACUUUGGGACCCUGAUGGUGUCAUGUGCGCGGCAUCACCAGAUCAUGCAUCUCCCAGUAGAGCUUAUCCAGCGUCUAGCACGAGCUGCAUUUCAGUACCGCAACUCCUUCACCGGUCGCGACGGUGCGGCGAUACUCGGCACUCUUGCCAAGCUGGUCGUCUCCCUCACCGCGGGUACGAAUGGCGUGUCGGCUGCUGACGUGGUCCGUGCUCAGGAUUACUUCAACGCGUUGUUGGAGGAGAUGCAACAACGCGUCCUACGCCUGUUUGACAUCAACGACAAGCUGUUCUGGAGCAACUCCGAAGACAUGUCGUCCUGUGCGUUUGCUUACGAGCUUGGCGGGCAUGUGCGCUAUCACCGUGUGUUUCAGGCGUACGCGGCCUACGUGCAGCACUCCGUGCAGAGCUUUGAGCCACCGCAGCUGGCCCUUGCUACGGGCAUUCUGCGCAGAGCGCAGCUGCUCACCCCGCACCUGGCCACGCGGCUGUCCGAGCGCAUUGAGGUGGUCUUGGGUGAGCUGCGCCUGGCAGAGCUCUCCCACAUCUGCGCUACUUUCGCCGCGCUACCGUCGCCGCGACCGAGCUGGUGGGAUGAGGCGAGGGCAGUCGCAUUGCGUCUUUUCCAGUCGGAUGUCAGCGGCCUUGUCUCCAUUAACCUCGCCAUCGCCUUCCCUGAGCAGCCCGACUUCGCCGAAACCAUCGACUACGCGCAGAUCACCAGCAAGCAGCUCGUGGAUCUACUCCCUAUCACGCUGGGGUCAGCCCAGUUCGGGGAGGCGGUAGUAACGGCAAUGUGCCGCCGACUAGCCUCGCAAGGUGAACGCUUCGCACCGGAUGACCUGCGACUGCUGCUGGCAUGUGGGGAACGACCGCAGCUGGUGCAUGCAUCACAGGAGCACCUCCGCCAGGCUUUUGCCCAGCCCGUAUGGAGUACGGACACCCUCUACUCCCUGCCGCUCGUGAUCGACACGAAUCACCCGGAAAGGAACCUGCAGCACUUCAGCGCAGCAAAGGCCUUGGCAGCAGCCAAGGCGGCGUCCGUGGGACCAGCGCAGUUUGUGUCGCUAGCAGAGCUUCUCCUCAGCUGUUUCGGCGACACCGAUCAGGCCGUGCGUGAGUAUGUCCAGGCCGGCGGUGGCGACUUGGUGAAGGAAAAGGGCGUGUACGGUGGUACCGUCGUUCGCUACCUCUCCGUUGUACGCCGCUUUCCGAGCAUGGUGCCACCCACUCAGUGGCUGCACGACUACGCGGAGAUGUUGGAGACGCAGACCUCGAACAUGGAUCCUGACAACCUCGAGGAUGCCCUGCUCUCCCUGCGCACUCUCUACGAGGAUGUAGCCAAGACGCCGGCGCUGCAGAUGGUGCUGUCGUUUCUCGUGCGGCAGUUCUACGAGGAGCUGACCGAAUCGGAGCAAACAGCGCGCAUCACGGUGCUCGUGGUGUACCUGCAGAAUGGCAUGACGCUGCCACUGCUCACCGCCAGCAACCCAACGCUGCAGCGCGUGACAAGCAAGGAGGCACACUACGCCCCAGAAGUGCGUCGGGCAUUGGCAAUGAUGCCGACUCCAAAAGCCCUCCCCGCGGAGGAACGUCGCGGGCGAUUUGUGUUGAAGCACCUGGAGCCGACCCGCCGCAGUAGCGAAGCGGCCGCGCCGUUGCUGGACCUUAAUCUCACGGAUCCCUUCACUGACCCCCUGUCGAGCGUGGAGUCCGCAGCGAAGCCAGCAGCACCGCCCUCAGUGCUCGCGGAGGCGCCUCCUGCCCCGCCCAACGCACCCAUCACUGGGACUGCCGCAUCAGCCCCUGAGCCUGAAACAGUUGCGGCCCCACCGCCACCGCCGCUGCCGAAGGCGGAAAAACCGAUGUCCUACUACGCAAAGUUUUUUAGCUCCUCCGUGGGGCAAAUCUUAACCGGCCGUGGCGACCGCUCCCACGCGGAGGCAAAGAAAGAGGAGACCCCCAACGAGCCGACAAAGUCGCCGGAGGAGGCGCCAAGGCAGCCCCGUCGCACGCGCCUGCACCCCUCACCCCACGUCUCCACGGCAGCAGGGACAGCGGAGCCCCCCAGCGCGUCGCCCCAGCUGCAGUCAACGCAGCAACAGCAGUCCUUGCCAUCCGCCCCCUCUGUUGCCGUCCCUGUCACCACCUUCACCACGGCGUGGGGUAGCAGGGCGCCACCGGUUGCAGGCACUGGAUGGGGCUUCGCGGCAGCAGCGGCAACACAGCCGGCAUCGACCACCGCGGAGACGAGCCACAGCAGUGCCUUUAGCUCCCUCUUCGGUACGCCAUCCACCCUCUCUCCAGCGGCACCGUCACCAACAGCAGCGGCAGCGGCGACUCCAGCUCCUAUAGCUGAACCUGCUGUCGCUGCUGCCCCCGCGGUCGGCCGCCCAGCGCGCAUGAGCGGUGUGGGCGGCAACAACAUCUUCUUCAACCCGAGAAACCUCUCGGCCUCGGUAGGGCGACCAGUCGCGUCGCGUAAGGCAGUCAUCACGCGCCCAGGUCUGCACGGUGCUGCUGCGGCAACGACCGGGGCGGCGGUGGGGCAGGCACGACCUGCCGCCAUUGCCUCAGAGACCGUGUUCAGCUCAGCCGCGGCAGAGAGCAUUAGACGCAUCCCUGCGGAUACCUCCCGCGCCACUCAGGUGCCACCGCUCGCCAACACUCCAGGGGGGCCGCAGACUGUUCUGGGGGGGGCCGCCACCUUCACCGCUGAUGCCCCCGCAGCGGCAGCGAACCAACACCAGAGCGGGAACGGCGUGGCAAACUUCAUGCACAGGGCAGGCGUGACGAGGGUUUCCGGGUACAACAUAGGCGAAAGGGGAACUGGGGGUGCAGUGGCCGCUGCCAGCGAGUCGCCAGCGGCAUCCUUUGCAGCGGGCGGGCAGGACAGCAGGCCGGCGCUGGACUGGAUGGAUGCAGCGAGGCGUGUGGUGCGAGUGACGCGGCUGCCACGCACCAAGACAAAGACGCGUUCACAGCACAGUCUGUCGGCCUGGCUCAACACGCCAUCCGCACGGCUGAAGAGUCCGCUCAAGGAGGAAACUGGAGAGGCGGCGGACGAGCAGCCGGCGACGUCAGUGUCAGCGACAGCGGGGCACGGACGGCAAGCGACGGUCGCGGAGGUGUUGAAAGGGCGCAAAUCGAAGAGGGACCCCAAGAAGAGCACUAUCGAGGCGGCGGGCGACGACGAGGCCGGAGGACCCCACGCGAAGCGCAGUGGUGGCAGUCGUGGGCGGAGUCGGGGCGGAAAAGCGGCUGCGGCUGCGGUCGGCGGCAAGGCAACGAAGUCCACCAAAGUCGCAGGCCACACUCAUCAUAGCGGCAAGGUGGCAGCAGCAGCAGCAGCAGCAGUCCAAGCGAAGAAGGGCGGUAAGGCCACUGUAGCAGAAGCUGCGCAGACGUCGUCAGCGAAGAAGGCCACAGCAGCCAAGUCGGCCAAGUUACCGGCAUCAUCGAAGGGCAGCGGCAGCGCCGGCAACAGCGGGCGAGCCAAGCGUUCCGCCUUGACGACGGUGGCGGUGAAGCCGGCGAAGAAGGCGGUCAAGGCGGCCGCUAAGAAGGCCACAGCCGCGGCUGCCAAAAAGAAGCCAGUGAAGGGGAAAAAGUAG